UACCGCUCUGCGCACUCCCAGGCUCCCCUCAUCCAAAUCCUCCUUCCUCCCGAUCCCGUCCUCCUCUCCUCCCCCCUCUCUCCUCUCUUCUCCUGCACGCACGCGAUCAACCAAGCAAACCCCCGCCCCCGCCGCCGCCGCUUCCGCUUGCCCAUCCCGAGUCCGACCGUGCCCCGUCGGAGGCUCGCCAUCCUAUGGGCCGGCCGCCUCCGGCCGCACUCCAGCUAAUCGGCCGCCGGAAAGGUGCGGAGUCCCGUUUGGACGGUGUGGCGUCGGCUCGUCGUUUUCCCCUUCCGCCUAGAUCUGGCUUCGCUUCCUAUUUUGCCCUGGGCGAUGCACCGGCUUGCCCCGGUGGGUGGGACUUGGCUAAAUUCUCACCUGGACCUAUUAGUUUGUACUGGUGACAUUGCACAGAAUCUGCAAGAAUAUGAGUUCAUAUGGAUUUUCUCCAAAAGACAGAGACUCAGGGUCAGCAUUAUCAAGUACGGUUACCACCCUAAAUCCAAAUGCAGCGGAAUUUGUCCCUUCAACUUUUAGAUCAACUUUUGGAAGUAGAAUAGUUGCAGAUGCAUGCAAGCCAAAUUUCAGGGGGUCCUCUGGGAAAACAAUCCUGGAUAGGUCAGAGUCAUCGAAAUCUAAUAACUCAGAUGAUGAAACACAUCAGUUUUGGCGUAGGCAGCUUCCUGAUGAUAUUAUUCCAGAUUUCAGUGACAUGGAGAAUGCUGAGCAACCACAUGGAGAAUUGUCACUUUCUAGAUUGUCAUUAAACGCACCCCCUUUUGUUGGGACAGCAACCAGCAACUUCUCAAGAGACUGUCAUAGUUUAUUGUCUCAAACAGGCAAGAAUGUUGAGCUGGGCAGUAUUUUGUAUUAUGAUGAGAAUUCAAGUUCAAACAGCGGGGAGCAAAAUCAUGCAGAUAACCUAUGUUACACUAAUGGAAAGCAUGACCUCCUUUAUGAUCAUGAUCCACUUGAGAAUUUAGCAUCUCAGUUUCCUGGUUAUUCUAUGGAGAGCCUUGCUGAGUUGUACCAUGCUAAUGGUUGCGAUUUUGACCUUACUGUUGAAAUUCUCACUCAUCUAGAGAUGCAAGUUGAUGUUAGUUCCUGUCAGAAUCUGAACCUGGCCCCAAACACACCAAACACUGGCACAGGGAACUUCCCUGUACUGCCUGGAACAGAAAAUCCUAAUUGUUUGUUUGAAGGUAGUGUAGGUGCCCAUGGAAAAACAAACGGACACAACUCUUCAACAAUGUCUACGACUGGAGAUUUUGUUUCUGCUAUUCGAAGAUUUGUGUGGCAGGAUCCUGUCGGCAUGAAGUUUGAAAAGGGAAGUCCCAGGGAUGCUAAUGGUCUUUCAAGUAUUGUUGCUCAGAAACAGUAUAGCUGUAAUACAAGGUCUUCCUUUGGAAACAAGUUCUAUAAGGCUGGUAAUGUUCAGUCAACCCCAGUCACAGCAAGCAUGUUCUCAGAAUCAACAGGGGAAGCUGAUGAUUUUGCCCGUGUACGGAAUACAUGUUUUGAACAAGCUACACAAGCUUAUAUGUUGGGAAACAAAGCAUUAGCAAAGGAACUGAGCAUGAAGGGACAGUUGUACAAUCUACAUAUGAAGGCAGCUCAUGAGAAAACUAGGGAAGCUAUGUAUCAGCAAAGGACGGGCCAGGACCGUCUGACCGACUUGCACGAGCUUCAGGUGAGCGAAGCCAUCCGUGUUCUGAAGGCUGAGCUCGCGCUCAUGAUGAGUGCUGCUGCUGCAAGGUCAGCUGGAGAAGGCACAAAUCCUGAACCGUAUUGGAACAGGCCACCGCACCAAGGGCUCUGGCGAGACAAGGUUGCCGGACGCCCUUGAGCAGCUCCUCCUGGAUUGAAGGGCCUCCAUUACACGCAGCCUCAGACAGUGCCUGUCUGCCUGAUGCAUGUUGCCCUUCACUAACAUCCUCUUCUAGCUUAGACAACCUGGGAGAAGAAAAGGAGGCAACGAAAAUAAGGUGAGUGAUAACCUGACAAUGUAAAGCAUGUCUAUAUAUACCUGUUAUUUAGUACUAAUUAGUCAGUCGAGGGAUAGAGAAAAUGGUACGAAACAUUAUGUUGUAUUGCUGUCUCUAUGUACAUGUCGCCUGUAUAUGUCAAAGUAUAAGUUAGUUAAUGUCCCUAGGUAGUAGCCAUCUCAAGUUCUCAACCAUAUCGGAAUACAUGUAUUGCGGAUAAAUUUGGGGCGGAGGUAUGCAAGCGAAAGGAGCCUUCCCAUUUUGAAGGCACAACGAUGUGAUCGAAAGUCUGGGUUUGGAACCCAUCUUUGCGCGCAUAAAAUGGAGCAGCGA